AUGUUUUCUUAUCUAUUCAUCCAGUACGUGGAACGUGACAUUCGCGAGGCUCGACAAAUCUGGCGUCGUGCAUGCACGGUACACUUGCGCUACAAACCCACCAUCCACUGGCAUUGGGGCUGUUUCGAAGAUCGCUAUCCGUCGGAUCUGGACAAUCCUCCUACUCUACCGGUCCGCACAUGUUUGGAUAUUCUCACGGAGCUGGAAGCACGUUUAACCGAUAGCGCUUUGGUUUGUUGUCGACGUGCGGACGCAAUGCGACGCGCUGGAAAACCGGUUAGUUUCGUUGAGGGAGCUCUGUUUCACUCAUUGUGGUCAAUUUCAUAUUUUUUAUGCUCGUUGACAUGCAACUAG